AUGUUAUAUCAAUGGUAUUCGAAUAAUAUUAGUCGGAAUGAAAAUAAAUCCAUUAAUUCUUCUUCUUCUUCUUUUUCUUCUUUUCUUUCUUUUUCUCUCUCUCUCUCCCUCCCUCCCUCUCUACACCCCGAAAAAUUUAAUUCCGUGCUCUUUUUAGUCCCUCCUUUUCUUUCUCACUUUAUUUCUUCUUCUUUUCUCUUGCUUUCCCCCCGUUCUAUUUCUUUACCACUCACUUUUCUCUCCCUCUUUCUAUGUCUCUUUCACUCGCUAUUCCUUCCCUCUUUCUAUAUUUCUCUUUCACUUGCUUUUCCCUCCUUCUUUCUAUUUCCCUUUCACUCACUUUUCCCUCUCUCUUUCUAUGUCUCUUUCUCACUAUUCCCUCCCUCUUUCUGCUCCUCUUUCACUCACUUUCCCUUUCACUUUCUAUUUCUCUGUCACUCGCUUUUCCCUCCCUCUUUCUAUUUGUCUUUCACUCACUUUUUCCUCUCUGUUUCUAUUUCACUUUCACACGCAUUUCUACCCUCUUUCUAUGUCUCUUUAACUUGCUUUUCCCUCCCUCUUUCUUUUCCUCUUUCACUCAUAUUUCCUUCUCUCUCUUUCUACUUCUGUUUCACUCAUGUUUCCCUUUCCCUUUCUUUUCCUCUUUCAUUCACUUUCAUUCUUUCUUACUUUUUUUUCCAGUUUUCUGCAUUCUUCAUCUCUUUCUCUCUCUUUUGCCCCGUUCUAUUUUUAUCUUUCUUCUCUUUUACCCUCUUUUCUUCUUCUCCCUCUUUCAUAUUUAUCCACGUCUCUCUCUAUUUUUUAUGUAUGUUAUUCUUCUUCCUUCCCUCUCUUCUUUCUCCCCUUGUUGUCUUUUCUCUCUUUAUUUUUCUUGCUUUUGUAAAGCGAACAAAAACCAAAUUAUUUCACAAACAAACAAAAUACCUCUCUAAUGUCGCACCUGGUAACUCUCACCUAGAUGGAUUAAAAAAGAAAUCAUUUCGUCGAGGAGUCGGGUAUUAUUCUCAUUCUUCUUUGUUCGUGGUAACAACCGUAUCCCUUGCCACAGAUACAAAUUUCUUUCUGCCUAAGAGACAAUGUUUUUCACUUUACUUUAUUUUAAUUCUCUCUCUCUCUCUCUCUCUCUCUCUCUCUCUCUCUCUCUCUCUCUCUCUCUCUCUCAUUAUAAAACUACUGACAGAAAAUAGCAAACACAGCUAUCAUCUAUUUUCUUUUCCUUUCUUUUCCCGGCUUCCGUUGCUUCCACCGCGACAUCGUGUCCACAUUAAACCGGCUUCAGUUCGAGUGGCAGAAGCAGACUGCUCAUCUACAAGAAAUGCCCUGGCUCGAUGCCAACUUUUCUCUUUAGGAAUGGCUUUUUUCUUGCCCUCCCCUUCAUCUUCCUUCUGUAACUUGAGUCAUCCGCGAACUUAUUGCCCUCUAUCUUUCUUCCAACAUCCUUUUUACUUCUUCCAUCUUCUAAGUCUUUCCUUUCCCUUUCUCUCUCUCUCUCUCUCUCUCUUUCCCCUUCUCUCUCUCUCUCUCUUUCCCCUUCUCUCUCUCUCUUUCCCCUUCUCUCUCUCUCUCUCUCUUUCCCCUUCUCUCUCUCUCUCUUUCCCCUUCUCUCUCUCUCUCUCUCUCUUACAUUCUUAG